AGCAAAAGAAGACAGAUGGACAGACAGCUAGAGAGAAAGGCAGAGAAAAGGCUACCGAUCACGAACAUAGCAUUGAUCAAAGUUUGGCUGAAAUCGCCGAAAAGAAAAUAUUUUAAAAGGAAAAGGAGGCGAAAAGAAGUCGAAAGAUACUGCGGCAGAGAUGACGAAGAGGGAAAGAAAGAAUUCUAGUUUUGUAACCUGAGGAGGAUGCCAGUUUCCUGCGAUAAGUCCCCGCUGAAGUAAAGACUGCCUGUCGUCACAUCAACUGCGGUCCUCGUGUUGGCAGUGUAACAUCGUGAUCUUUUGGAAAACAGUGAGCAGUAUUGUGUUUUGGUAUUAAUCGCGGGGAAAAAAAUCUGGGCACGGCAGAGUACGAAUGCCUACAGUGUCGACGUCCAUAUUGGGAGGCGUCCGUUGCUAAUUGUCUUCCAGAGAAAUUGCCUGUGUGUUACGGACUGUUCUGCCUGGUGCAAGAAGCUCGGCCCAGAAUGAGUACGGUUUUGCUCUUCGCUCUGCUAUCGUGUCAUGAUGUAUGGCUGGUGGUGGCUGCGUGGCUCCUGACGGGCUUGGGGAGGGCACAGGUCGACGCCGAGCCCGUCAUUUGGGAAAACUUCAUCACGGACGGUACAGAUGUGAGUCUCUUCAGGGAAACGUCUCGAGGGAAGUGCCGCUCAGGAAAAUCCUCGACGAAGGCUUCUUUCUCCAGCUGGAUAUCUACGGCACGUACACGCCUCGCCUCCUGGCGAAGGAAGUGCGUCCUUGCGUCCUACCAGGCAGCGAAAUGUACCGCGCAAAGAAAGGCAAACUAUACAAACAGCAUUUCGAGGUUUUGUUCGAGACUGUAACUCCUGUGGAAGUCACCAGCGCCGCGGAUGAGGGGAAAGAAAAGGAAGAAGAGGGAGAGGAAGAGGGGAAUGAAGGUCUGGAAGCGGGAGAGAGAAAGGAGACGCCGAGGAAAGUCGCGGCCAAUUGCAACUUUCCUACAGAAGGAGAAGGCAGGGUGAGACUCAAGAAUGGCUACGGAUUCCUCUCGUGCCGAGGCAAGAACGACGUCGACGCCGUCAGGGCCGCCCUGCAGGCGUGGCGGGAGGACGUACACCGAGAGGAGGCUCGGGCGGCCUCCACCAAAACCGCGGUGAUGGGCGGCAUCGGUGGCGGAAUGGUGGCAGUGGUGCUGUUCUGCGUGGUGUGCGUGAUGCUGCGUCUGCGAGCCACGAGAGGCCGAGAGCGCACAAGGAGGAGGACCCGCUACCCCACGCCGCCUCGCUCAGCCAGCACCCGGAUCACCAACGACCCCAUGAACUCCUCGCAGCAAUCAGCGCCUAACUCGCGCUGAAGUGUUGCGGAGUGCACGCACAGGCUUCAAUACGGACUUUGUUUGUCCGGAUAAACCACAUUUGAGAACACGUGAUGUUAUCCGAUUGAUUAUUUUCUCUGAUUAGCCUAAUUGCCUAUUAUUAAUCCAGGAUAGAAAUAAACCAUUUUGAUAUUGCUAGUAACCCCGAGUGAAAGAAUACUCAAAAUGAUUGACGGAUUGUAGUUCAGAUUACAUUCACCCCAUUAUAUGGCAACACAGAAUAUAGCAUUUGUUUUGUAAUAGUGUUGCUAACACGUAAUUGCUGUUAUUUUGGAUUGUAAAAAGUGAUCUCAUUGUUCUCGUUAGGCUCUAGAACAGUGGUUCUUAACCUCACGGAUUCAAAAAUAUUCACAUAAAUACAACUUUGCAUGUAAUGCUUAUAAUGUGCGUUAUCUAUCAAUAUCAAAUUGCACCAUAGAUAUAUGAGAUUCACAAACUACAAUUAAACUUUUAAGUAAACGAUCUAAAAAACAACAUUAAUAUAUAAUUAAUAAUUUUAUCUGAUCCUCACGGACUC